CCAAGCGAAGAACAAACGUACUGGGGCAGCAAGGAGUCAGCUCUCACUCAUAUGCGACAAGCUUUUUACCACCGUUAUCUCCAUCGUUGCAAACUUUGUCUGUAGUGAAAAUGAUCAAGUGUGCGCAGGGGGUGUUGUCUCUGUCGGUCCUGGUGACAUUCGCCGCCUGCAACGCUCCUCCGGUACCGUUAGACGACAUCCUCAUUGAGAAAACUUUCGAACCAGAACAGUGCGUGCGGUCAGUCAAAGUAGGGGACUAUGUCAGGUAUCACUACAUCGGCAUGUUUCCGGACGGUAAAAAGUUCGACUCGAGCUAUGAUCGUGACAGCACAUACAAUGUGUUUGUUGGCAAAAAGCAGUUGAUUGAAGGGAUGGACAAAGCUUUGGUGGGAAUGUGUGUCAAUGAGAGGAGGCUGGUCAAGAUCCCACCUCACCUCGCCUAUGGAAAGCAAGGAUACGGUGACAUCAUCCCUCCUGACUCUAUCCUCCACUUUGACGUUCUGCUGCUUGAUGUGUGGAACCCGGACGAUGGCGUCCAGAUCAACACGUACCACAUACCUUCUGUCUGCAGCAGAAAGGUGGAGGUUUCUGACUUUGUCCGCUACCACUAUAAUGGGACCCUACUGGAUGGGACCCUCUUUGAUUCCAGUCAUACCCGUAUGCGCACCUAUGACACCUACGUUGGGAUUGGGUGGCUGAUCGCUGGCAUGGAUCAGGGACUUCUGGGAAUGUGUGUUAGAGAGAGACGCAUCAUCAAGAUGCCGCCAUCACUUGGUUAUGGAGAGAAUGGAGAUGGUAGCGACAUCCCAGGACAGGCGUCACUGGUGUUUGAUGUUGUGCUGUUGGACCUCCACAACCCUAGAGAUGGCAUCACAUUGACAAAUCAGAUUGUGCCUGACUCCUGCACAAGGAAGACAGUUGCUGGCGACUUUGUGCGUUACCACUACAAUGGUAGUUUGUUGGAUGGAACAUUUUUUGAUUCCAGCUACUCUCGUAAUCGUACUUAUGACACCUAUGUUGGACGAGGCUAUGUGAUUGCUGGCAUGGAUGAGGGUCUGAUUGGAGUCUGUGUUGGAGAGAGGCUUACUAUCACCAUCCCACCACAUCUUGCCUAUGGAGAGGAGGGCACAGGCACUAAGAUUCCUGGUUCAGCCGUGCUGGUAUUUGACGUCCAUAUCAUUGACUUCCACAACCCUUCAGACAACACUGAGGUCUCUGUCACCUUCAAGCCAGAACAAUGUGGUAAAAUUACCAAGAAAGGAGACUUUAUCAAAUAUCACUACAAUGCCUCGCUAAUGGACGGAACAUCUAUUGACUCCACGUAUAAUUAUGGAAAGACAUACAAUAUCGUCCUGGGAGCCAACCAGAUUGUGCCGGGGAUGGAGGACGGAAUGAUGGACAUGUGUGUGGGAGAGAAAAGGCACCUUGUUAUCCCUCCUCACCUGGGCUAUGGGGAGAGAGGAGUCUCUGAUAAGGUUCCAGGGAGCGCUGUGAUGCUGUUUGACGUUGAGUUGAUUGACGUGGAGGAAGGACUUCCUGAAGGCUACAUGUUCAUCUGGAAUGAUGAGGUGUCACCUGACCUUUUUGCCGAGAUGGACAAAAACAAUGACAAGCAGGUGGAGCCCUCUGAGUUUACUGACUACAUCAUGCAGCAGGUGAACGAUGGUAAAGGCCGCCUUGCUCCUGGCUUUGAUCCUUACCGCAUCAUCGACAACAUGUUCUCUAACCAGGACCGCAACGGAGACGGAAAGAUCACAGAAGCAGAGUUCAAGCUCAAAGCGGAUGAAGCUGCUGCCCAUGAUGAGCUAUGACGGACUGAGAGUAAAACAGAUCAGGGUGAAGAGCCAAGGGUCAGACAGCUGAGGAGAUGAGUGCUUUUAGGAAAUAUGUGGGGGCAUAGUAGCAACAGGUGUGGUUUUAUAUGGGGAACAAGCAAGUGUGGAAUGGGAAUCUCUCUUUAAGAGAGCUUUGUCUGUUUUUUAUAUAUGUUGGGGACUGAGAUGAUGAUGAUCAAAUAAAAUCUGAUUCGCACAAGUUUGAUAUGAAAGAGGAAGGUUUAGGUAAAAAGGAAUUAUUUCAAGAAAACAUUUGAUUUGAGGAUUGUGAUGACAGUGAAUGAUUUUUUACCUCCUUGUUCAUCAAGUUCUUGUUUUAUGUGAGUUUUUAAUCUUUUUGAAGGGUAUACAAGCACUCCUGUGUGUGAAAGAACAAACCAUGCUCUGCAUGUUCAACACUGUUUACAGGCUUGUUUGUUGUUGAGUCUAAGUUUGCUUUAUGAUCAGUGAGUAUUAACCUGUUGUCUUCCUGGUGCAUUGAGUUGAGCUUCAUUGAUGCUGCAUUCCAUUUGCUUUAAAAGUUGUAACUGUAAGUAGGAAGAUGUGCUAAUCAACGGCCUGUUGAUCCAAUCAUCACUUUUUAUCUCAGCCAUGUUGGAUUGUUAUGGUAGAGCUGGUGAGGUUUCCCCUUCUUUCCAAGUCACAACUCUGACUUCAGGGUUAUUUCCAGUUUUUAAUAUAUUGAACUUAGAAAUUGACACUUCCAAGUUUAAAUGGAAUGCACCAUUAUUUUAAAAUGCUGAUUUAAGUGAGAAUGUUAAGUAUAGUAAUAUUUUUCUUUCCCCAUAGUUAGUAGCAACACCUUGUUUUCUAUUUUUCACCAUUGAAAAUCAUCCACAUGACACUGGAAGGGGUAAAUGGUUGCUAUGGCUAUCCAUUACAGAUGGUUGGGAGGUAAAAACAGCUCCAGACACCAGCUUAAUGAAUUCCAAACAAAGGGUUAUUACAAAAAGUCUGACAUCUAAAACAGAUAUGCAGAAAAAAGUCAAAUCAUGGAAAUUCUACUGUCCCCUGUUUUAGGCCACUUAUAUAGGGAAGGCAAACAAAGACGUUCCUCAGUUCACAUCUAUCAGACAUGAGACUUGUACAGAACACAGACCAGUACUUCUGGAUCUAAUUAUAAACCUAUGUAAUGCUAAAGAGUGGAUGCUACAUUACUUUUGUCACUUUUGCCACACAGUGCUUGUUUUUGUCUUCUGCAAAUGGCAGAUUUUAUUUAGGAUUUUGUGUGUUCAUGUGUUUAUGUGUGUGUGAGAGGAAGGGAGAAAUGUGUGAUUAUUUUGGCAUCACUGUUUUUAUUUCAUGAGACGGCUGGAUAGUGGAAGUGUCAGCUGAAAAUUUUAUUUGAUAAAUGAUCUGACUUAAAUACAUGCUCAGAUUGUGUCUGUCUUUUUAUGUUUGACUCACC